AUGGCUUCUUCUUCGUCGGCGACGACUUCCAGCUACGGCGUGCCGCCGGGGUUCAGGUUUCACCCAACAGAUGAAGAGCUUCUCCUCUACUAUCUGAAGAAGAAAGUUUCGUUUGAGAAGUUUGACCUUGAGGUGAUCAGGGAGGUUGACUUGAACAAGACUGAGCCAUGGGACUUGCAAGAGAGGUGCAGGAUAGGAGCUACACCACAAAACGAAUGGUAUUUCUUCAGCCACAAAGAUCGCAAGUAUCCGACGGGGUCGAGAACAAAUCGGGCAACAAGCGCGGGGUUCUGGAAGGCGACCGGAAGGGACAAGUGCAUCCGAACAACCUGCAACAAGAUCGGCAUGAGGAAAACACUCGUCUUUUAUCGUGGACGAGCCCCUCAUGGCCUCAAGACAGACUGGAUAAUGCACGAGUACCGCCUUGAGGAUACAGACGAUCCUCAAGCCGAUGGCACUGAGGACGGCUGGGUGGUGUGCCGCGUGUUCAAGAAAAAAUGCUUCCUUAAAAUUUCCGGCGACCCAAACUCAACCAAAUGUGCCGACGGCAUGACGAACCCCGCAGCUCAAUACCUGAACCAGCAACAAAGCUUCCAUCUCCACCACCAACCCUAUUCCUUCGCCCUCCACUACCCGCCGGCGGUAACCUACCACUACCCGCAAGUGCAGGUCCACGAUCUCCUCUCCAAUCACCGGCCGGUGACUGGAUACCACGACUUCUCCGUCCUCCCCAACGAGUGCGAGCCGUUGCAGGAGGUGGGAGAAGGGAGGGUUCACCAGCCGGCAAAUGAGUGGGUGUUGAUGGAAACUGGAGGUUCUGCGGGAGUGCAGCAGAUGAAUGAAAUGGGUCAGCAGCGUGGGGGUGAGAUGGAUUUGUGGGGGUAUGGGAAGUAG